GGCACGGCUGGGCUCCGCUCCGCGCAGCACCGCGCACCGCUCCGCGGGGGAAAAAACGGGGAAAACACCCCAAAAUAAGCCAAACUCGCACAGCUUGUCCUCCUUGCUGCAGGAUGAAUUAGGAAGGCCAAGCCUCUUCCUCUGAGCCAUGGAGACGAGGGCAUCCUUCAUUGCCAGCAUGAGGGAGACCCAGCAGCUCUCCCCAGAGAAGGAUCCCAGCCCAGCCAACGGUGAUGGGGAGCAGUUUGAUUCAGAUGAGGGCUCCAGCAUUGAGGAUGCAGACUUCAACUGGGAUGAGUUCCUGGAGGAAACAGGAACCAGUGCUGCUCCCCACACCUCCUUCAAACAUGUUGAAAUCAGCCUUCAGAGCAGUUUCCAGCCCGGGAUGAAACUAGAAGUGGCCAACAAGAGCAACCCAGACACGUACUGGGUGGCUACCAUCAUCACCACGUGCGGGCAGCUCCUGCUGCUGCGCUACUGCGGCUACGGCGACGACCGCAGGGCAGACUUCUGGUGUGACGUGAUGACAGCAGACCUGCACCCCGUGGGCUGGUGCACGCAGAACAACAAGGUCCUGAUGCCUCCAGAUGCAAUCAAGGAGAAAUACAUGGACUGGACAGAGUUUCUCAUCCAGGAUCUGACCGGCGCCAGGACGGCCCCUGCGAAUUUGCUGGAAGGUCCUCUGCGAGGAAAAAACCCUGUAGACCUCAUUACAGUUGAUUCCUUAAUAGAGCUGCAGGAUUCCCAGAAUCCCUUUCAGUACUGGAUAGUUAGUGUGGUUGAAAAUGUUGGAGGAAGAUUACGCCUUCGCUAUGUGGGAUUGGAGGAGACUGAAUCCUAUGACCAGUGGUUGUUUUACUUGGAUUGCAGACUUCGACCAGUCGGUUGGUGUCAAGAGAAUAAAUACAGAAUGGACCCACCUGCAGAUAUCUAUUCUCUGAAGACUAUAACUGAGUGGAAAUGCGCUCUGGAAAAAUCCCUUAAUGAUGCAGCAAAUUUUCCUCUUCCAAUGGAAGUGUUCAAGGACCAUGCUGACUUGAGAAACCACUUCUUCACUGUGGGGAUGAAGCUGGAGGCAGUGAAUAUGAGGGAGCCAUUUCAUAUCUGUCCUGCAUCAGUGACCAAGGUUUUUAACAAUCAUUAUUUACAAGUGACCAUUGAUGACUUGAGACCUGAAUCCAGCAAAAUCUCAAUGCUUUGCCAUGCAGAUUCCCUGGGGAUCUUGCCAAUACAGUGGUGCCUUAAAAACGGAGUCAAUCUCACACCUCCCAAGGGUUACUCUGGCCAAGACUUUGACUGGGCAGACUACCAGAAGCAGUGUGGAGCUGAGGCAGCACCUCACCUGUGCUUUAGAAAUACAUCCUUCAGCCGUGGCUUCACCAAGAACAUGAAGCUGGAGGCAGUGAACCCGAGGAACCCUGCAGAGAUUUGUGUGGCUUCCAUCACCUCGGUGAAAGGACGGUUGAUGUGGCUGCACCUGGAAGGUUCACAGAUGCCCUCUCCAGAGUACAUUGUUGAUGUGGAGUCUAUGGACAUUUUCCCUGUUGGCUGGUGUGAAGCAAAUGCUUAUAACCUCACCCCACCACACAAAGCUGUUUUACGAAGGAAGAGGAGAAUUGCAGUUGUGCAACCAGAAAAACAGUUACCAUCCACAGUGCCUGUUGAGAAAAUACCUCAUGACCUCUGCCCGGUUCCUCAGCUAGACACAACAGGCACCAUCAAUGGGAGGUACUGCUGCCCCCAGCUCUACAUCAACCACCGCUGCUUCUCAGGUCCAUAUUUAAACAAAGGCAGGAUUGCAGAGCUACCUCAGUCUGUGGGGCCUGGCAAGUGUGUUCUGGUCCUCAAGGAGGUUCUCAGCAUGGUGAUCAAUGCAGCUUACAAGCCAGGGAGUGUUUUACGAGAACUGCAGCUUGUGGAAGACCCUCAGUGGAAUUUCCAGGAGGAAACACUUAAAGCAAAGUACAGGGGGAAGACGUACAGGGCAACCGUGAAGAUCGUGCGGACGUCGGACCAGGUGGCAGAUUUCUGCAGGAGGGUCUGUGCCAAGCUCGAGUGCUGCCCCAACCUCUUCAGCCCUGUGCUGGUGGCUGAGGUCUGCCCCGAGAACUGCUCCAUCCACACCAAAACCAAGUACACUUAUUAUUACGGGAAAAGGAAAAAAAUCAUUAAGCCGCCGAUUGGGGAAAAUAACAACAUGAAAAGUGGCCAUGUCAAGCCAGCCAGACGCAGAAAGAGGCGGAAAUCCAUCUUUGUGCAGAAGAAAAGGAGAUCAUCAGCUGUGGAUUCGAAUGCUGCAGGCUCUGCAGAGGAGAGCGAGGAGGACGAAGCGGACGUGAUGGAGGAUGAGACGGGGAGCGAGGAGACGAGCUCGGAGCUGCGCGAUGACCAGACGGACACGUCCUCGGCCGAGGUGCCGUCUGCCCGGCCCCGGAGAGCUGUCACCCUGCGGAGCAGCACCGAGCUGGACAGGCCUCCUGCCACGGAGAGAGCCCGCCGCAGCCGCAGACCCCAGCCCCACGCCUGCAGCGAGGCAGACAAGGGCACGCCACCCAAGGAAGAAAUGAAGCAAGAAGAGGAAGAGAAGCUUGUCCUGGACAGUAACCCACUGGAGUGGACUGUGACUGAUGUUGUGAGAUUUAUUAAACUCACCGACUGUGCACCCCUUGCCAAAAUAUUUCAGGAGCAGGACAUCGAUGGCCAGGCCCUCCUGUUGCUGACAUUGCCCACGGUGCAGGAGUGCAUGGAGCUGAAGCUGGGUCCAGCCAUCAAACUGUGCCACCAGAUCGAGAGAGUAAAAGUUGCUUUCUAUGCACAAUAUGCCAACUGA